ACCACAGCAACCCUUUCAGCUAUGGAGCUGCUCGUCCUGCUUCCCAUCUUCCUCUACGCGCUCUCCGCGGAGGCAACGAUAUUUGCCUCCGUGCGCGACACCGACAGGCGGAGCCUCCGCCCGGGACACGAGUACUACGUCCUGCCCCUCAUCCGCGGCCACGGAGGCGGGCUCUCGCUCGCCGCCCGCAGCAACGACACCUGCCCGCUCGCGGUGGCCCAGGAGAGCUCGGAGGUGAGCGAUGGCCUCCCCCUCACCUUCUCGCCGGUGAACCCUAAGGACAAGUACGUGAAGAUGUCGACGGACCUCAACGUAUGGUUCGCCGCCGAGACCAUCUGCGUGCAGUCGACCGUGUGGAGGCUGGGGGACGCCGAGGCUACCGGACGGCGAUACGUGGUCACCGGCGGCCUCAAGGGGGAUCCGGGGCUGGCAACGGUGAGCAACUGGUUCAAGAUCGAGAGGUACGGGGAGAGCGACUAUAAGCUCGUCCAUUGCCCGAGCGUGUGCAGGUUCUGCAAGGUGGUGUGCGGGGACGUGGGCGUGUUUGUGGAGGGUGGGAAGAGGUGGUUGGGGCUCAGCGAUGAGCCUUUCCCCGUCAUGUUCAAGAAUGCAGCACACCCCGUCAGGCUCUAAACCUGUUUGAUUAAAUGCGCCGCACAAUCUGCAAUA